AUGGGAGCUUUAUUUGGAAAAAGUAAAAAACAUGUUAGCAAAGUGACAGAACAAGAUAAAGCGGUAUUACAAUUAAAACAGCAGAGGGACAAAUUAAAACAAUACCAAAAGAAAUUAGAACUUAAUUUAGAAAGAGAUCGACAGUUAGCUAAGAAACUGCUUGCAGAAGAUAAACGAGAUCGAGCGAAACUUUUACUGAGGAAAAAGAAAUACCAGGAGCAACUACUUCAGAACACCGAUGCUCAAUUAGAAAAACUAGAACAGCUUACCCAUGAUCUCGAAUUUACACAGAUAGAAAUACAGGUCUUAGAUGGUUUGAAAACUGGAAAUGCAGCUUUAAAGAAAAUGCAUGAUAUGCUUAAUAUUGAUGAAAUAGAAAAAAUUAUGGAUGAAACAAAAGAGGGUGUUGAAAAACAAAGGGAAAUAGAUGAAAUGAUUUCUGGAUAUUUGACAACAGAGGAUGAUGAGGCUAUUGAAGCUGAACUAGAGUCUAUACUUGAUGUCUCAGACAAAUUGCCUGAUGUGCCCACAGAUAAACUUCCAGAAAGCAAGUUAGAGGAAAUACCUGAGAGGCCACAAAGAGCUAAGGAGAAGCAGAAUAAAGUUGCCAUUGAAGCUUAA